AUGGUUUCUCGCCAUAUGGUGUCGCUCUUCCUCUGUUUCCUCUGUUUCGAGAUCUCUGUUUCCUCCAUUCGGUUGCCUGGUCUGGACCAAGAAGCCAAGGCCACGCAUGGAUCGGUGCUCAGGUUGAACAGGGAAGGCUCUUCAGUGAAAUUUGAUCCCACACGGGUCACUCAGCUCUCAUGGAAUCCCAGGGCUUUCCUGUACAAGGGGUUUUUAACGGAGGAAGAAUGUGAUCAUCUGAUAACUCUGGCCAAGGACAAGCUGGAGAAGUCCAUGGUGGCGGAUAACGAGUCUGGUAAAAGUAUAAUGAGUGAAGUCAGAACGAGUUCUGGAAUGUUUCUCAACAAGGCACAUGAUGAAAUAGUUGCUCGAGUUGAAAAGCGAAUUGCUGCAUGGACAUUCCUUCCCACAGAGAAUGGUGAGUCGAUUCAAAUAUUGCACUAUGAGAAUGGUCAGAAGUAUGAACCACACUUUGAUUACUUCCAUGACAAAGCUAAUCAAGUUAUGGGUGGCCAUCGGAUUGCCACUGUAUUGAUGUAUUUGUCUAAUGUUGAGAAGGGCGGGGAAACAAUUUUUCCCAAUUCUGAGGAAAAGUUGUUGCAGCCAAAAGAUGAUAGCUGGUCUGAAUGUGCUCACAAAGGAUAUGCUGUCAAACCUCGGAAGGGUGAUGCCUUGUUGUUCUUCAGUCUUCAUCUUGAUGCAACUACAGAUGCCAAUAGUUUGCAUGGAAGCUGUCCAGUCAUUGAAGGCGAGAAGUGGUCUGCAACCAAGUGGAUUCACGUGAGUGACUUUGAAAAACCAGUCAGGUCAGUGGAUGGUGGAGACUGUGUUGAUGAGAACGAGAAUUGCCCUAGGUGGGCUAAAAUAGGUGAAUGUGAGAAGAAUCCACUCUAUAUGGUUGGUGGUGAUGGAGUCAAAGGAAAAUGUAUGAAGAGUUGCAAUAUCUGCUCUUCUUAG